AUGGGUCGCUUCGGAGGCGGCCGCGGCCGCGGUCGAGGCCGCGGCGGCGGAGGCCGCGGAGGCCGCGGCGGCAGGGGCGGCAAGGCGAAGCACAACGGCCCCGCGCUCCCGCGCGCGCUCGCGACCGAGCUCGAGGAGGCGGAGCAGCUCGCCGACGGCGGCGUCGGUCAUCGCGAGAAGAGCGCGACGAGAAGCGGAUUCGAGGGGAGCGUCACCGGGGGAAGGGACGGCCCGGGAGGGACGCGCGGCGGCGGCGGCGGCAGAGGCGGGCGCGACAGCGCGCUCGACAGGAAGCAGAUGCGGAAGAGGGCGAAGGAGGAGGAGAAGGCGCGUCGAAGGCAGUGGAGCGAGCGGCGCGCGCGCGCGAAGAAGACGGACGAGAUUCGCGGCGGCGGCGGCGGCGGCGGCGGCGGCGGCGCGGGGAAGAAGAAACGCGGCGGCGUCGGCGACGACGACGACAACGGCGACGCGAAGCCGGGGAAGAAGCGACGCGCGAGCCGCGACGACGACGACGACGACGACGCGCGAGCGACGGCGAAGCUCUCGAAGAAGAAGAACGCGAACGCGAAACCCGACGCCGCCGAGCGGCCGACCGAGCUUCCGCCGAAGAAAAUCAAGCUCAGCGCGGAGGACCGCAUGGGCCGCGCGCGUCUCGAGGCGUACCGCGCGGACGAGGCGGAACAGAAGCGUCUGAUGAAGAAGCUGAAGGGCAGGAAAGGCGCGGAGGACGACGGGCUGGGGUUCUUCUUCGACGCGCUCCCGGGGCUCGAACUCCUGAACGACGACGGCGGCAAGGGGGACGAGGGGGCGCUGAAACGCGCCGCGAGGGAAGCGGCGGAGAGCGCGGGGAAGAAACGCGCGCGAGCGGCGAAGCGCGACGCCAUGGCCGAGGAGGACGAAGAGGAGGACGACGACGACGAAGACGAAGACGACGACGAAGACGAUCCGUUCGGGAUGGGGCCCGACGUCGACUCCGAAUCGGACGACGAGGGCGAAUACUCGCACGAUGAGAGCGAGGAAGAGGACGAGGACGUCGCAGAGGACGAGGAAGAGAACCCCCCGAGAGCGGCGGCGGCGGCGGCGGGCAAGUACGUCCCGCCUGCGCAGCGCGCCGCCGCGCUCGCCGCGCUCGAGGCGACCGCCGCCGCCGGGGGGGCGAGCGAGGAUGAGAACGGCCCUGAAAAAAAAACCGCCGCCGCGGACGCGAAAGCCGCGAAAGCCGCCGCGGACGCCGCUCGCGCGCUCCGCGGCCUCGUGAACCGCGUGGGCGAAGCUAACGUCGCGGCGAUCGUCGCCGAGGCGGCGUCGCUGGCGCGCGGCGAUCGGAGCAUCCCGAGGCGCGCGGUCGGCGACGCGGCGACGACGGAGAUUAUGAAAGCGCUCGUCGAGGGACCGAAAGCGUCCGAACGCUACGCCGCCACGCUCGCGGGGUUCAUCGCCGGUCUCGCCGGCGAGCUCGGGCCGGAGAUCGCCGCGCGCUUCGGCGCCGCGCUCGUGGACGCGCUCCGCGUCGCGCGCGCGGACGACCGCGCGCGCGCGGCGUCGAACGUCGUCGCGGUUUUUUCCCGGCUCUUCGUGUGCGGCCUCUUCCCUUCCGCGGUGGUGUACGGGCUGCUCAAAGAGCUCUCUCGGACGCUCACGGAGCUCGACGCGACGCUGAUGCUCGGGACUCUUCGCGCCGCGGGGUCGAGGCUGAGGCACGAGGACCCCGCGGGGAUGAAGGAGUUCAUCGUGACGCUGCAAGGUCGCGUCGCGGAGUUAACCGCGGCGGGCGCCGGCGGUACAGCUGGCGGCGACGGCGCCGCGGGCGGGGGCGGGGGCGGGCUGACGCGUCGCGCGCGGUUGAUGCUCGACAUGGUCGUCGAUCUGAAAAACAACAAGAAAACGACGCCCGUCGCGAACGCGAACGGCGAGCGCGGCGGCGGCGCCGAAGACGACCAGUGGGGCUUCCCGACCGCGAUGAGCAAGUGGCUGCGGUCGUCCGCAGCCGUCGGCGACGCCGCCGUCGCGCUCAGAGCGCUCGCGUACGACCGACUUCAGCGCGCGGAAACGCGGAAAGGGCAGUGGUGGCUGCCCGAGGCUGCGGGCACGGACGCGUGGUUCGCCGCGCGAAGAGGCCAGGGCGCCGGCGACGCCGCGCGCGCCGCGUCGCAGAGUGAGGGUCUGGAGCUGCUGAACAAGGCGAGAGGGUUGCGGAUGAACACGGAGGCGCGGCGGGCGAUUUUUUGCGUCGUCGUCGGCGCCGAGGACUACGCGGACGCGCUCGACCGGCUCCUUCGCUUACCUCUCGCGGAUAAGCAAGACCGCGAGAUCCCUCGCGUGCUCCUCGAGUGCUGCCUCCAGGAGAAGGCGUAUAAUCCGUACUACGAAGUCCUCGCGAGAAAGCUGUGCGAACGCGUGAAGAAACAUCGGAUGACGACGCAGCUGUGCGUCUGGGACCAGAUCCGCGAGAUUUCGCCCGCGGCUUCCUCCUCGGAGAUAGCCGAGGACCGCGGGAGGGACGCGCCGCCUCCGGUGUCCGUUCGAAGGAUCGCCAACCUCGCGCGGUUCUUCGCCGGGUUGUUGGUCUGGAACGCGCUCCCGCCCGUCGCGUUGAAGGCGAGUCAGACCGCUUCCCGCGCGUCCCCGUUCGCGUCUCGCGCGUCGUUUCGUUUCUUGAGGACUUCUUUCCUUUCGCGCGCUGGGAACCACACGCGUUGUCACGCGUGA